UGGCAUUAAGAAAUUAAUUUAUAUUGAUGAAAAUACAUUGCGUUUUCCUUUUCUCCUUCUGAACCCUAAUGGCGACGACUCCUGACUCGCAAUCUGAUUCAUCAUCUCAAUCUCUGCGUGGCGUUGGUUUGAACAGUAUGCAUCGGAGGAAAAAUUUAUCCCUUCUUUCGUGUCGUUCGUGGUGAACAGGAAAGCCGGAAUCAAUUCCAGCAUUUCAUCCUUUGUCAUCAACAUCGUCUCUGAGUCCUUCCACGGAGUGCCAAUCUAAUUUUUCUGAUUGAUCUCCUUUUAAGCCGAUUUCUUCACCGCUGCCCACGGAAGAUAAUGUUGUAGCUGAGGCUGAUUCAUGGACUGCGUUAUCUGAAUCCCCUAAAUUUUCUUCGUGGAAGAUCGUUUCUGAUGGACCAAUAACUAGUCCUCAUAAAGCCAAAUAGUUUCAACGGUAGCUUUCUCUGUCCUUAAACCCAUGAAUUCAGGGAUUUGUAAUACUUCAUUCGCUUCACAAUCAAGCUUCUAGUAAUGCAAAAUCUAAUUCUAUAUCGAACCAUGAGAUGCCACCUCGACAGAAGUCCAUGAAGCGGGGUGGGGGUGGCGGCGGCGGCGGCGGCGGUAGCUCUGGAGGUGGUCAUUCUCAAAGCAGCUUCAUUCAUCCUCUCCCGCCACCACCUCCACUUCCACUAUUUGCAAUGUCUCCCAUUGGUCAUGGGAAUCUUGUACCAUUAAUACCGGAUCAAUCUCCUAGAGAGUCUCCAUACAGGGGCAACAAUUGGGAACCUAGACCAGUUAGGGGGUUUGGACCUCAACUACCUGCGGUAAAUUAUCACAGGCAUUCUUUCCGAAGAGGAAACCAUGGACCACGUGGAGAUGUUCCCUAUCAGAACAAUUUUGGGGGCAGACGAGAUCAAGACCGUGGGCAUUAUGGGAAUGUCAGAGAUGCUUAUGUGCACCCACAGAGAUCUCCAAGGGGCUUUGUUAGGCCUCCACCACCAAAUAAUGCCGCAUUUGUUCCACCCCAGCCCGUGAGACCUUUUGCAAACCCCAUGGGUUUUUCCGAUUUGGUUUAUAUUCCUACAUUGGAGACCUUUAGGAUGCCUUUCAUCACGCAUGCACCGGCACCUGCAAUGAUUGUCCCUGUUCAUGAACCUCCUUUGCCUGUUAUGUUAGUCCGUCAGAUAGAAUAUUAUUUCAGUGAUGCUAAUUUAAUUAAGGAUGAAUUUUUAAAGUCAAACAUGGACAAUCAGGGCUGGGUUUCGAUCACUUUAAUAGCAGGCUUUAAUCGAGUUAGGAGCAUGACUAAGGACAUCCGGUUGAUUUUGGAUUCCUUGAGGACUUCAACUUUUCUGGAAAUACAGAAUGACAAAGUGAGAAGGCGUAAUGAUUGGAUGAAAUGGAUACUCAGUUCUAGUAGGAUUCCUACAGAAUCAGGCUUACAAUCUUCGACUGCAUCAAGUCAUGAUGUGCUGACAAAGUCAUUCCAAAAGAUGACAGUGGAGGAAAUUACCCCUAACCAAAAUAGCAUGUUGGUUAAGCAAUCUCCUAACCCACUGGAUGCCAUAACUAGGAGUUUAUCUGAGUUGCCGGCUCAGUCACAAUUCUCUCAACAGGAAGGUGUUGAGGAUGCAAGUUCAAGCUAAAACUAACCAGUCUAUGCAACCACCAUAUUUAAGCACAAUUCUUUCAGGAUGUGCACUUGGUUUUUAGAGGGAAGGGAGAUGGACGCCGAUGGAACGUCAGAUUCACCUUUUUAUUUUGUCCAUUGGUAUGCCUUGUUUUGACGUAAUUUGCUGAGGUGCAUGAAAGAAAACAAAGAAAUAUAUAGGUAUUUAUUCAAGGAGAGAAGAAAGAGAGAAAGAACUUAGGUUUUUAACUGGGUAGAAUUUUAAUGUUCAUGGUUUUUGUAUAGCGUGGUUUUUGGUGUGGAUGAUUAUCUUCUUCGUCUACAUUUUCUGGUGGUUGGCAAAAUAUGAGAUAUUCUUCAAGGCGAAGCAUCGUGUUACCCAUGAAACUCAUUUUUGGUAUAAGGGAUUUGAAUAGUAGUCCAUUUUCUUGCGUAGUUGCCAGCAAAUGGCUGCUCUGAUGAUUCACCCUUUUCCAUCUAUGCAUCUCAAUAUUUUGUGGUUUUCUUUGAAAAUUUUAUUUGUUUAUAUAUUUAAAUUUGUUUAUUUAUUUGUUUA